CUAACUUCAUUCCCAUGUCCCACCACCGCCAGCAUAUUAAAAACUUACUCUCUCAUUCAAUUCAAUCCACGUUGAAGCAGCGCAGCGACGGUGAUUCAUUUGAUCGGAAAAUGUCGUGGCAAACAUACGUUGAUGAUCACCUCAUGGGUGAUAUCGAAGGCCACCGUCUCGCCGCCGCUGCCAUCCUAGGCCACGAUGACAGCGUGUGGGCCCAGAGCUCCGCCUUCCCUCAGCUCUCCAGAAUCCCUCCAUGCAUCCCUUCAACAGCUAAAGCUUCUUCCCUUGCCUACACUGAUCUCAAACCCUUCGAACAGCCAUCUACUUCGAUUUUGCUCAACAACGUCUAUUCUACGUACAUCUUGCCACCAACUUGAUCCUCUCCCCUUGCCCUCUCUAACCCAAUUUUCCCAAUUUUCGUCUCCACCACUAUUCUUUUCUUUGAUAAUUGUUAACCACAAACUCUCUUUUUUCUCCGCCAAUCUCCUCCACCAUUCACCAAGUAAAGCAAGAUUAAAACUUCUAAGGUCUU